CACCGCCUCUCUCGCUCGCCGCAGCUAUAAAAAGGGGCAGCCGAGUCCAGUCCUCCGACACUUGAAACCGUGCUUGCCUUUUGAGCCGAACAAGUCCACGGAUCUUCCCACCUCCACACGAUCGAGAAAGACUCGCGAGUCCUGACCGCAACAAGAAAUAAAACGUACGCCAGCACGUCGUUGGUCAGCCAUGGCGCCGUCUGACGAGUGCGGCUGGCUGCUGUACCUCUCCCUGGCGGCCAAAUGCUGCGGCGCGGGCGACCCUUACCGCGUCUUCGGCUUCGCCACGGUCUUCCUCGUCGCCUUCGUCGUCACGGCGCUCCUGUACUGGGCGUCUCCUGGUGGUCCCGCGUGGGGCCGGUACUGGUGGACGAGGAGGGCCCUGGGCAUUGGCAGCGCCAUCCCGGGGCCUCGGGGGCUGCCAGUGCUCGGCAGCAUGGAGCUCAUGACCGGCCUAGCGCACCGGAAGCUCGCGGCGGCGGGGGACGGGGGCAGGCGCCGGCUGAUGGCGUUCUCCCUGGGCGAGACUAGGGUCGUGGUGACCGCCGACCCGGACGUGGCGAGGGAGCUGCUCGCCAGCGCGGCCUUCGCCGACCGCCCCGUCAAGGAGUCCGCGUACGGGCUCCUGUUCCACCGCGCCAUCGGGUUCGCCCCGCACGGCGCGUACUGGCGCGCGCUCCGCCGAGUCGCGUCCGCGCACCUCUUCUCGCCGCGCCAGGUCGCGGCCUCAGCCGUGCAGCGCGCGGUGAUCGCGCGCCAGAUGGUGGACGCGAUGAAGGGGGCCACCGGCCCCGUCGUGGCGCGGCGGUUCCUUAAGCGCGCCUCGCUGCACAACGUGAUGUGGUCGGUGUUCGGCCGGAGGUACGAGCUGCAGACGGAGAGCGAGGAGGAGGCCACGGAGCUGAAGAACCUGGUGGACGAAGGCUACGACCUCCUCGGCCAGCUCAACUGGUCAGACCACCUCCCAUGGCUCGCCCGCUUUGACCUGCAGAAGACCCGGGCCAGGUGCUCGGCCCUCGUCCCCCGGGUGAACCGCUUCGUGAGCCAGAUAAUCGACGAGCACCGUGCCCGGCUCCGCCUCGACGGCGACGCCGUCGUGGACUUCACCGACGUCCUGCUCUCCCUUCAAGGCACCGACAAGCUCUCCGACGCCGACAUGGUCGCCGUCCUCUGGGAGAUGAUCUUUCGAGGCACGGACACGGUGGCAGUUGUGAUCGAGUGGGUGCUGGCCCGGCUGGUGCUGCACCAGGACGUGCAGCGCAGGGUCCACGAGGAGCUGGACCGGGUGGUCGGGCCGUGCCAGACCGUGACAGAGUCGGACACCGCUUCCCUCGUCUACCUCCAGGCGGUCAUCAAAGAAGUGCUGCGCCUGCACCCUCCUGGCCCACUGCUCUCGUGGGCGCGGCUUGCCACCUCGGAUGUACACGUGGGCGGGUACCUUGUCCCCGCUGGAACCACCGCCAUGGUGAACAUGUGGGCCAUAACCCAUGACCCGGCCGUAUGGCCCGACGCGACAGAGUUCAGACCCGACAGGUUCAUGGGGCCGUCCGAGUUCCCGAUAACGGGUUCGGAUCUCAGGCUCGCGCCGUUCGGGUCGGGCAGGCGGAGCUGCCCCGGCAAGUCGCUCGCAAUGGCUACCGUCGGGUUCUGGGUCGGCACCCUGCUGCACGAGUGGGAGUGGCUGCCACCACACGACGGAGUCGACUUGUCCGAGGUGCUGAGGCUGUCGUGUGAGAUGGCUGCCCCGCUGGAGGCGAGGCUGAGGCCACGUCACCUGGUGUGAUGACUUGGCUCCCGAGAGAAGUAGCUGGCUGGCUUCUAGCUGCCGCCCCGUCAGUGAGCUGUGAAAAUGCAGCAGUGUGUCCCUGUCCCUGUCCCUGCCUACUUUGUGUGUAGUCCAUGCAUCUAGUUCAAAUCUGUGCCUGCUAGGUAGUGUGCUAGGUGAGUGUGACAGUUUUUUUUCCUUUUGCUCUGCCUAGAGCUAGAUGGAUCAAUGUAUAUCUCUGUACUGAAUCCUACCUAAUGCAAUGUGUGCGUGUUAUCGGAUGUAUGCCGUUCUCGAUGAUAAUAAUAAUGAUGAUGAUGAUGAUAA